UUUCUCACAAAGCUUUAGAUGUUUUUUCAUUAAUUCUGAUAGAAUGGACCAUAAUUUAUUACUUUCAGCUGGUUCUACGUUACCGGAAUUUACCUUCACCUCUAUUAUUAGGGCUGUUAUUUGCGCGAUCUAAACCCGUUUGAAUUGGAAAAUUACACUGUAUAAUCGGACAGUUUUUCAAUUAGUAUACCAAAAGCUUCAAAUCAAAACUAAAGAGUCAAACGCAUAAAAAUGCAGGACUCGCCUGACGCCAAGAAACCUUGCAAGGGCAUACUAAAAAAUUCCAGCAGCUUUGAUAAGCCUGGUGCUGCGAGCUAUCGCAAAAGUGCGAAGUUUGAUGAAUUAAAUGUUCUGCAAACCUACCACCCACAUGACAAAGAUUAUGGUCAUAUGAAAAUUGAUGAACCAAAAACGCCAUACAAUUAUGUUAUUCCAGAUCUGGCACAUACCGAUGCGUUAGAUGCAAAUUUACUUGCGGAAAAGUUGCGUAUUGCUGCAAGUACUCAAUCGCCUGCAUUCGGUUCUGAAGACAUUUCUGAUGAAGAAAACAUCGAUGAAACACCGGAAGAAAAAGUUCGUCGACUUGAGUUUGAACGUCGCAGAAAGGCGCAUUAUAAUGAAUUUGAAGCGGUUAGGCUGGCGCGUAAAUUGAUUGAAGAAGAGCUGGGUGAUGAAGAUGAUGAGAAUGAUAUUUCAUCUAUUGGGGAGGAUGUUAAAUCGCUAUCUUCCGUUGAAAAAUCCAAUAACGAGGAAAUUGAAAUUCAAAGUGAACACACCGAACAAGAAGUUGUACCAGAAAGUGCAGUAGAGGAGGAAACAGGCACUACGGAACACGACUCCGAACUUGAUUCUUCCGAUAGCAAUCGGACUUCAGCAACCAAUAUGGAUGUUGAUGCACAAUUGCAACCCUCCCAUCCCUGUUACGGAAGGGAUUAGUAUAUAUACAAAUAUAUCAUAAUUCAAAAAACAUACAUUACUCCUUGCUGCAUUAAAGAACGUAAAACUUAAUUUAAACAAAAUAUUUGAAUCAACGAUAAAAGCAACACGUGGUCGUUCGAAAUAUUAAAUUUAUUCUUGACAAUUACAUUAUUAAUGAGAGGAAUAACAAUAAAUAAAAGAAUAUAAACAUUGCUAUCUUUGCUUACAUUGAUGCGAUGCAAUAAAACUGUGUCAAAUUAAAAAUAUGUAUGCUAAAGACAGUUUGAUUAAAAAAAAUAAAGCUUUGAAAUAAACUGUAUUAUUGAAAUAAAACUUCUGACGGCGCGAUGACGAAUUAUUUCAGGCGUUUAAUAUUUUUGUCUAUAAUAAAAAUCUUUAUUAAAAUAGAUUUGAAGAUGAUUGAGUGAAAAUAAUGAAAUAUGUUUAAUUAUUCUGGUACAACAAAAUAAAAAUCGAAUACCUUUAAUAUUUAAUUCUAAAAAAAAUCACAAAUUACUAUUUUAUCAAAUUAAACGGCGAGACUAUUAUUUAAUAAUUGGUUCGGAGGCUUACAAAUAGCAAAUAUUAAAAAAAAAAUUAAAUGAAAAGAGAGUUACAUGAAAAUCACUUAUAUUGAACAUUGUCAUUGUUAUACAACAGUGAAAAACAGUUUUUGUGACUUUUUUGUUCAGAAAAUAAUAUAAUUACCAUUAUAAAUAAAUAAGUAAAUCAUAUACACAAAUAAUUUUAACAUGCAUACGUAGACUAAUGUAUUUUGAAUGGCAAUAUUGUAUAGUAGAAACAAAAAUGAUGUCCUGAUAAAGAAUUUUUAAUUUACGCAAAUAUUUCCUGAAUUGAACAUUUUUAAAUAAUUUUGUUUAUUAGAAAUACGAAUUAGCCAUAUAACUACUUCUUGCAUUUAAUUAUGUAUACGUGUAAGAACAUGUAUAUAUUGAUAAAGCUCUAAUAAAUGCACUAUUAAUGGGCAGCUA